GUUUGGCCUGUCACUUCAUAAGAAAAGUAAAACUUUUCUGAUUGUUGGUGACCUUACUUAAUGGGCAUCUGUAUGAAUAUAUAAAUCUAUAUUUGGUGUAUAAUUAUUGUCUUAUACUACACAAUGGUUUAUUGUUCUCGUUGUAUGUCUUUCAUAUAACAGUUCUAUUAAACCGAAGACUGCCUAGCAUAGAUAUGUCUUCUUCAUCGCAUAUAUGCAAAAGGAACCGAAGCAAUCAUUAUAACGAUCAUCAUUAUUCCUUCAUAAAUUGGACAAAGUUAAAGAUUUAACUAAUGAUUAAAUCGAUGUUUUGGGGCCAAUGUCUACCAUCAUCAACUUUAUCAUCAUCUCUACACCUUUUAUUUCCAUGCUUUGGUGAGUCGAAUAGGUCUAUCUUAAGCUGAAAACUUCUGUGCAAGUUAUUUCCUAAGUAAAUGAAGUUACUGCUCCAAUGGAGGUGGUUGUGGCUGUAAUUAAGCCCAAAAAAAGUGUCAGCAGUUUCUCUUCUCGAGAGUUUCAUCCCAGCAACUAUUCCAUUUUAUUAGUGGAGAGUAAAGCUGCUUUGCAUGCUGAAUGGGGCAAACCUAUCCGCUCUCUACCCAUGUUCUCUCUGAAGAGAGAUGAAGAACCGAGAGAGGUGAUUCUUAACUACCUUUACCAGAUGACUGGAGAAAAAUCAGAUGGUAUCAAAGGUGAACGUGCUUUACCUGUCCGAACUAGCCGUGAUAUGUUAUUAAAUUAUCAAAAUAAUUAUUCCGCUAUGAAACUGUACUGUGUUCCAAUCACCCAUAACCAUAACAAUAAUAUUGAAAAAUCAGUGACAGCAAAUAUGGCGUUCUUUUCUCUUGAUAUUGUUUUGGAAGGAGGCAAAAAUUUCACUUGUACCCCUACAACCUUGACUCUUCUAUUCACCUUAAAAAAUUGGUUGGCAGAAAAACACAUGCAAUCUGGCAGUGUCAGAUGUAUGUUCCGAAUCCGAGCUGAAUUUCGAAUCUCAGUAUGUAUCAACAACCCUGUAUUUAUUCCAAGGAGCAAGGAACAGACAUCAGCAGAUGGUCGUAACACAGCCAACUUUGAUGCCCUGACAAAGAUGUUGGCUAUAGAGAAAUGUGAUACUGUUGUGAUGAAUCCAUUGUUUGGAUCAGGUCUUCCCUAUAAAGCAAAAACUAAUCGUGUUGUGACCAAUAUUUACUGGGGAAUGGGAAUUCCAGAUUACAAAGAAAUUAUCGCUCACCAUCAAUCAGCCAUGGAAUCCAAGUUAGGAAUGGAUCAGUUAUGGGCUAGAAAUUACCCAAUUCAUAAGUGUGCAUAUGAAGGAGAUGUCAAUGGAAUAAUGAGACUUAGUAAGAUUCCACAUUCCAUGAAGGAUGACAAAGGGUUUGCACCAAUUCAUUAUGCAGCCUGGAAAGGGCAUGCUGAUGCUGUGGUAACAUUGCUAAGGGCAGGAUGUUCUCCCAACAUUACAAAUAUGGAUCACCAGACACCUUUACACAUUGCAGCUAUGAGAGGGAAGCCAAAUGUUGUUGAUGUCUUAUUGGAAGAUUCAAAUAUUGAUGUGAACGCUCGAAAUAAGAACAACAAAACUCCCUAUGAUCUGUGUUGUAAAGCAUCCAGUCCUGAAAUGAAACGAGCAGCUGAUCUGUUAGAAGCUGCUAUGAACAGACCAAGUCGCAAAAUUGAAAUUCACCUCAUGGACGGAAAGCAGAAAACCUUGAACUUGACUACAGGAGAUAAUACAACUGUCAGCCACUUCAGGGAGCAAAUGCUAAGAGAACUUGACCUGCCUGAAUCUUACGGAAAUAUUUUCUCAAUAUGGAUUUGUUCACAAAGUCUUGAACUCCAGUUGAAGUUGGAACACAAACCUGUCCAUCAGUUACAUUCUUGGAAAGGAGUUGUUAAACAGUUAACUGAAAAAGAUCCUGAACAGGAAAAACCAGUCCUUCAAUGGCGGCGCAAUGCAAAAGUCAAUCUCCAAGAAGAACAACUAUUACUUUCACAAAUACAGCAUGAAGUUGGCAUCAACCUUCUCUUCCAAGAGGCUUACCACAACUACAUUUAUGGACUCUACCCAUUUACUGAUCAAACCAAUUACUUCCUUGCUGCUUGUCUUAUGUAUAUAUUAGGUGGAAAGCAAGACCCAAACACUGUCAAGUCAUACUGUACAAAAAAUUUGACAAAAUUUCUUCCAACUUCAAAGCAAAAAGUAAAAGGAAAUGCCAAUUAUAUUUUAGCCCAAUAUCGACAGCUUCUUGAAGAUGACAGUCUUACUCAUACGUCUCUCAAAUUGGAAUUUCUAAAGAAAUGUCACACACUUCAAAUAUAUGGAUCUGCUUUUUUCUUUGGAACACUUCAGGAGCGAGCAAAUCGGUUUACACCAUACCAUAUAGGUGUAAAUGGCUUUGGUAUUCAUUUAAUUAAUGUUCAAGCAAAGAGUUUUCCCAAAAGUUACAUGUAUAAGGACAUUAGCUGGCACUACCAAGAGUUCAAUAUCAACUUGCUUGAGAUACGAGUAAAAAGUUCCACAGGAAGUGUGUUACAUCUACAAACAAAGCAAGCUGGUAUCAUUUAUCAUCUUAUGACCAAGCUUAGCCGCAAGCCCGGUUCUGAGGAACAAAAUGGAAUUAAGAGUAUUUUAUAACUAAAUAUACUUGUGGGAAUAUUUGUGUAAAUAUGUUUAUUUGUGUCUUAAGUGGUUUAAGCAUAAUAUUAAAUGAUAACUUUCUCUUUCUCUCUCCCUCUGAAAGUAAGUGGGAUAUGUCAGGAAUGUGUGUGUGCAUGUGUAUCAGAGUGAGUGAGUGAAAUUUUGUGUAUUUGUGUAAAUAUGUAUGUCUGAGCUGAAGUGAUUUUGGUGGCAGUGGAGAAUGCAAGUGAAUGCAAGAGAUCAAUAGUUUCACAUCAAAUUCAUUUCACAGAAAUCAGUUGUGAUGACUUCUGUUAUAUUUUAUAUAAAAUCAAGGAAUUUAGAGAAACAGAGAAAGUGAAAGUAAGAGAAAACGGAAGAAAUUUUCUUGAGGCUGUGUUCCACAUAAUUUAUCAAUUCUUCAAGUAUAUAAAAGUUAUUGUAACUUCUUAAAUUCAGAACUCUGCAGAACUCCGACAUGUUUGCUGCUUUAUAAAUCUAAAUCUGUGAUCACUUUAAUUUUUAUACUGACUUUGUUAUGUAUGUGGACCACUGUUGUAUGGGGCACUUGUGUGUGUAUAUAUAUAUAUAUAUAUAUAUGAAGAUACCCAUUCAUCUUGCAUGGCCCUCACACAUAUGAGAAAACUCAUUUGUCUUGAGUGGACCCACACAUGAAUUCUUUAGGGUCCUGUGUGGAAUCUUUACAUCACAUGUAAGGCUUACUCAACCCCGUCCCCUUCCAGAAAUAAAAUAAAAUAAAAUAUAUAAAUU